UAUCAAGUUUUAGUAGCGCUACGCUAUUUCGCUACGGGGUCGUUUUAUAUUACCAUUGGGGACACGCUGUUAGUAUCCAAGAGUUCUGCAGGGAGAGCCGUACGUCAGGUGACCGACCUUCUCUGUCAUCAUGUCAAUGAAUUUAUUCGUCUGCCUGGCAGAGAUGAGAUUUCUGGCAUAAAAAACAACUUCCAUAAACUUGCAGGUAAAUAUAGCGUCUGCAUUUUGUUGACCUUCACCCAAUAAAUAAUGAAUCCUGAACCCGAUCACACAUAGACCUACAUAAUUUGCAAAUGUUUUACCGGUAUAUAACGGUACUUCUUUACUUACAGUACACAUUUGUAUAACACUGUUCAUACAAAAAAAAUCAAUAAAAAACUCUACAUACAACAGCAUUUGAAGCAAAUAAAGGUUUUAUCAAUGCAUGCGCGGAUCUAGAGUUUUAUCUACAUUAAUAUCGAAAGGUGCCCCCAUUCCACCUUAAAUUCACAACAUGAAGUACACCAUAAAUAAGCCUCUGACCCCCAUGGUAAACAAGUUUAUCCCUAUGACCCCAAUGAGAAGUUAUGGAUCCGCGCAUGUAGUAUAAGAAUAAUAGUGGUGGAUCAAACGACUUGUCAAAAUUUACCGUGUUUCAUUUCAUUUGUUUCUUAAAUAUUCGUGUUUUUAAUUUUUAAUUAAUGAACUCAAAUGUUUCUUAAUUAAAAUUAUCGGUAUCACAAGGGCAGAUGAUAGAUCUAAAGAAAGUACAAAAUUGAGGACCCCCUUCCACCACCCACCCCCCACCCCCAAUUAUAAAAUAACACGUGUAUUCAUGUUUAUGUUCAUGCAAUUUAAUAAUAAUAUUUUAUCACAGGAUUCCCGGGUGUUAUUGGUUGUAUAGAUGGAACAAUGAUGAAAAUUGUAUCCCCGUCAGAAAAUGAAGCAGAUUAUUUAUGCCGUAAAGGCUUUUAUGCGCUCAAUGUACAGAUGACAUGUGAUCCUCAGUUUAGAGUGUUGGAUGUCGUUGCAAAGUGGCCAGGAAGUGUGCACGAUGCUCGGAUUUUCAGGGAAUCCAACUUAUGCACACUUAUGGAAGAAGGGCAUCUAUCGGGCUUUCUACUAGGAGAUUCUGGAUACGGCCUGAAACCUUAUCUCUUGACCCCGUAUAUAGCGGAAGAUGCUCCUGGAAACAGACGCUAUAAUGCAGCACAUUGUAGAACAAGAGUCACGAUUGAGCAAAUAUUUGGAAUUUUGAAAAAGAGAUUUCAUGCCCUCCACUGUGGCCUUCGGACCAAGCCUGAAAGAGCGUGCAGAAUAGUGACAGCAUGUGCUAUUCUCCACAACAUAGGUAUUCAACGGAGGGACAUUCUGAGAGACUCAGACUUGACGAAUGCAGUUGAUGUGGCCGUGGACGUCCACGUUAGGGUUCCAGAAGACGCUGUAGGACGCACCGUGAGGGACCACGUGAGAGAUACAUACUUCUUAUGAGUACGUUUCUAUGCAAAGUCAACAUCUUAGAAUUUUAAUUAUAAAAUUACAGUUUACAAUUUACUACUUUAUGUACCGGUACCUUAUACAUAUUACUAACAUGAUAUUUGAGCUGAGAUUUUUAUAUGUUGGUGGCCCCGAAGCCAGGUUGCCUACUCAGAUCAUUAGAUAAAGUUUAACUAAACGUCGCGUGCUCAGUCUACAUUAUGACGUCAUGUUUCAGACGUAAAACGUGCACGUUUUGUCUUCCGAAAUAGCCGAAGAGAGUUACGUUAUUCCGAACUUUUUUUUAAUUUCUUCUCUCAUUGUUUAUCAAUUUAUUUCAAAUAAAUGCCGCGGUAAUAAAAUUGAAUACUUUAUUCAGUAUCUAAAAGAUCAGUUCCUUGAUGUUAAUGUUUUUAUUUUCCAUCUGAUAAUUUGAUAAGAUAUACAUAGAACUAGUGUUUCUUGAUUGAAGCACUAUUGAAACUUAUCUUGGUGUCCUCUUUUAUUUCUUUUAAUUCAAAUUACCUUUUAUUGAAACACUAGAACAUUUUAAUCGAGUAUAGGGGCAAUAAACAUUGAUAAGUACCAGUCAAUCAAUGAUCGAACUAACUUUUUAAAAACAAAAUGGCUGCCAAUAUGGCGGCGCCCAGGGCUGGAAGAAAUUUUUUUUGGCCUAAGUUCCCCUGAUUCAACUUUCAUUUUUAACUGAUUUUCUUAUAUAUACGUGUUACCAUUAAUCCUCGCUUCGCGAGGCGGGCUUCGCCCGCCUCUCGCUGCGCUCGGUAUUACAAUCGGGUUCGUUGUCGGGUUGGGCUGUUUAACUGUUUGGUUUGAUUCGGGGUACAGAAGACGGUAAGAAAUGAUAUUGUGCAUAACAGUGCAUUGUUUUCACAAAUUUUUACCAGCGAAUACAGAAUAGACUUGGCGAAAUUACAGGAGAUGAAAUAAAGAGUAUUAUUUUACCUAUUUCCUAUUUAAUUUCUAUAUCAACUAUAUAGUUUUAAUUUCCUCUGUUUUUUUUUUUUUUUAUCUCUGAUUGAAGCAUGA